GUACAGGAUGGUUCGAAUCGUUGUUUUAUUUAUUUUAGGGUGUAAUUUGGGUACGAUUUGGGCUUCUACGAAAUAUGCACACGUGAUAGAAUCGAUGGGGCCCUGUACUGGUCCAGAUUACGCCGAUGUUGAAGUUCCAUUAACGAAUGUAAAAUUGACGAAACUCAAUCGAACUGCGAAGACCAUUAGCUUCGAUUUCGACUUUCCAGUACCCAUAGAUGAUAAUAUUUACGUGUCCAUAAAAAUUGAAAAACUCAACGGAGCUUCGAAAGAAGUCACCUUCAUUCCGCAGAUCAACAAUCCCUGUCCGUUCUUUUUGAAAAUGUACCCCAAAUAUUACAUAUUAAUAAUGAGUAAUAUCGGAGUCAAGCAGCCUGAUAAAUGUCCCAUACCGGCAGGGCAUUAUAGUUUGAAAAACUUUGUUUUCAAUAUCGCAGACAGCGGUUACAAUAACUUUCCCAUGAAAGGAAAAUUCAGGAUUCGAACAAUCUUCGGCGAGAGAAAGACUAAGAAGAUCAUAACUUGUGUGGAAACUCUUUCCGAUCAUUACGCAGAGUAAUUUAGAAAUUUAAUUGAAUAUUUAAUAAUUUAAUGCAUUUAUUAAAAAUCGCUCAGAAUUAUUCUGCACUGAAUAAAAUAUCCUAAAAGCACCAAUCAUAAUUUUAUUAGUUGUAUUUAA